AUGAAAGAAUCAAAAAGAUUGUCAUGUAAAUAUAUAUCUUUACAAACUAUAUGGAUUACAUGUUGUAUAUUAUGUAUUAUAUAUGGAUUAACUAAUAUUAUUAAGUAUUUUGUUGCACAACGUUUAGUAAUUGACUUUUUCAUAAUAUUUUCUGGUUUUAUUGGACUCUUAUCAGAAAUACAUUGUUUCCAAUUUUUUUCUUAUAUGCUAUUUUUUUAUACACCAAUUGGACGUGGUCUAUAUAUUAUUAUACAAGCAUGUUUAUUUCUUAAUAGUAAUUUAUUAUCUUUAAUUAGUUCUUCAGUUUUGAUUAGUUUGGGAAUACUUUAUAUGAUAUCAUCAGCAUUACUUGGAGGUGUUACAAAACCACUAUUAGAAAGUUCAUUAAAUAAUGAGCUUAAUUUAAAAGCAUCUAUUCAUUUCAUUUCAAAUAUAAAAAGUAAUUCUACAAUCAAUAAUAGUACUAGAGUUCACAAUUCUGAUAAUCAUAUUUAUACAUCUAACGAAGAUAAAGAUUCAAGUCAUUUACAUCACAAUUAUUAUCCCUAUCAUCCUCAUCAUUCUCAUCAUUCUCAUAAUUCCCAUCAUUCUAAAAAUUCUGAUCAUAAAAAGAUAAUUUCAACAUAA